CCCCUUCUUUUUCCUCCCGCCCCUCCAACCGCCCCCCCUUCCCGGAUGGGGGAAAAAAAGAUGUCAGCUCCUCCGCUGUAGUAUUGCUCCUUAAAAACCCCUCUCUCUGAAAAUGACAUGCCCUCGCAAUGUAACUCCGAACUCGUACGCGGAGCCCUUGGCUGCGCCGGGAGGAGGAGAGCGCUAUAACCGUAACGCAGGAAUGUAUAUGCAAUCUGGGAGUGACUUCAACUGCGGGGUGAUGAGGGGCUGCGGGCUCGCGCCCUCUCUCUCCAAGAGGGACGAGGGAGGCAGCCCAAACCUGGCCCUCAACACCUACCCGUCCUACCUCUCGCAGCUGGACUCCUGGGGCGACCCAAAAGCAGCCUACCGCCUGGAACAACCUGUUGGCAGGCCUCUGUCCUCCUGUUCCUACCCACCUAGUGUCAAGGAGGAGAAUGUCUGCUGCAUGUACAGUGCAGAGAAGCGGGCGAAAAGUGGCCCUGAGGCAGCUCUCUACUCCCACCCCCUGCCGGAGUCUUGCCUUGGGGAGCACGAGGUACCUGUACCCAGCUACUACCGCGCCAGCCCGAGCUACUCCGCGCUGGACAAAACGCCCCACUGUGCUGGGGCCAACGAGUUCGAAGCCCCUUUUGAGCAGCGGGCCAGUCUCAACCCGCGCACCGAACAUCUGGAAUCGCCUCAGGUUGGGGGCAAAGUGAGUUUUCCUGAGACCCCCAAGUCCGACAGCCAGACCCCCAGUCCCAACGAGAUCAAGACAGAGCAAAGCCUGGCGGGCCCAAAAGCCAGUCCCUCAGAGAGCGAGAAGGAACGGGUCAAGACCGCAGACUCCAGCCCAGACACCUCGGAUAACGAAGCUAAAGAGGAGAUAAAGGCAGAAAACACCACAGGAAAUUGGCUGACAGCAAAGAGCGGAAGGAAGAAGAGGUGUCCCUAUACUAAACACCAGACGCUGGAAUUGGAGAAAGAAUUUCUGUUCAAUAUGUAUUUGACGCGAGAGCGCCGCCUGGAGAUUAGCAAGACCAUUAACCUUACAGACAGACAAGUCAAAAUCUGGUUUCAAAAUCGCAGAAUGAAACUCAAGAAAAUGAACCGAGAGAAUCGGAUCCGGGAACUGACCUCCAAUUUUAAUUUCACCUGAGCCAGCGUCAUCUCCUCCCCCUCCCUUUCUCUCUUUUCCCCGCCCCUCCUCCCUUUGUGCCUGGUGAUAUAUUUUUUUCCCUCCCUGAGUAUAAAUGCAACUCGCUUGCAAAAAAAAAAAAAAAAAAAAAAGGCAAAGACCUCAGACUCUCCUUCAUAAGGGACCUAUGGUUCGUGCUUCGAGGAUGCUUCCACCUAAAGCAUGAAAAUGGGGUGCUGGGUUUUGGGGUGUUGUGUGUGCCCUCAUAGAUGGGGUGGUAGUAUGGCUGGUGUGUGUCAACUCCUCAGUCACCCAUGCACUCACAUGCAGCAUUCUGUUCUCCAUGCAAAGUUGAGGUCAACUCCACCGAUUACAGGGGAAAGAAAGGGGGAAAAUCAAACAGAGAGGGUAGGUAACCUCAUAGAGCACAGCUAGAAUUGCUCCUUCCUUGCUGCAUUUCCCCCUUAGAAUAAUAGAUAGUCUUGAAAGUUCGGGUAGUAUUUGUGUUUGUCAUAGCGUACCCAGUGUCUAGACUAAACCCUCCGUCUUUCCCUCCCAAUGGCUCUGAGAAUAUGCUUGAAGUAUUUGUACUGCUUUCUGCUUUUCUCCUACCCUUCCCAACACACUGUAUCUCUCUCAUCCUAACAUCUCAGAAAUUCCAACCAGAAGAACAAAAAAAUAAAAAAUAAAAAAUAGAGCAUAGCAAAGUAAAAACAAAUUCCACCCCCCCCCAAGUUGUCCUGCUCCUGUCUGGGAGUUGUGUUAUUUAAAGAUAUUCUGUAUGUUGUAUCCUUUGCAUGUAGCUUCCUUAAUGGAGAAAAAAAUCCUAAUAAAUUUCCGGAAUCUUAAUCCUCAAA